GUAUAUGGUGCGUAGGCUAUGCCUCUCGAAGAGCGAUGCUUCAGCAGUUGCAUGGAGUCAGUAUGUACUCCCAUGACGAACACCACACUACCUCCUACAGCUGGGGUGAAAGAGAGAGCAGGGAGAACUCCUUCAGUCGUUCGCGCAGCUCCAGCGUGUCCAGUAUCGACCGCGACACCAAGGAGGCCGUGAGCGCGCUGCAGUUCGGCGAGUCGUACGGGCGCAAGGGCGACGCACUGCCCACGCCCUGCCUGUGGGUGGGCACCAGUCUGGGCCUGGUGCUGCUCAUCCCCAUCUCCAUCCCCACCGACGACCAGGAGCGCCUGGAGGAGCCGGUCACCGUGGCGCCCAACGGGGCCGUGCUGAUGCUGAAGGGCUCAGUGCUGCGCUUUGCCUUCCUGGACUGCGGGGGCGCUGUGAUCCAGACGCCGCACGAGGUGUGGCGCGACCCCAACACGCACGACGACCCCAAGCGUCCGCGGCGGCGCAAGCUGGUCAACUUCUCCCCGGGGUCGUCCCAGGACGCCAGCGCCGAGUGCCAGCUGGCCGUGGUGUGCUCCGAGCGCCAGGCCAAGGUCUUCCUCAUGCCCUCCCAGGCCUGCCUCUUCGUGCACAACAUCACCGAGGCGUCCUUCGUGCUGCGCGCCGACGUCGUCUCCGUCUCCACCAGCGUCUGCCUCGCCUGCUUCUGCGCCAACGGGCAUGUCAUGACCCUCAGUCUGCCCAGCCUGCGUCCUCUGCUGGAUGUGAACUACCUGCCGCUGACGGACAUGCGCAUCGCCAGGACCUUCUGCUUCACCCACGGAGGCCAGGCCCUCUACCUGAACUCCCCCACAGAGAUCCAGCGCAUCACCUACAGCCAGGAGAUGUGUGACAACCUGCAGGAGAUGCUGGGGGAGCUGUUCGUUGCCAUAGAGACCCCAGAGGCCCAGAACAGAGGCUUCCUGAAGGGCUUCUUUGGAGGCAACGCCCAGACCUUCGACCGAGAGGAGCUCUUUGGCGAGGCGUCCGCUGGCAAGGCGUCCGGCAGCCUGGCGCAGCACAUCCCCGGGCAGGUGGGCAUGGAGGGCAUGAAGGCUGCGGCGGGCGGCGUGGUGGGGGACCUGGCGCGUGCCCGCAUCGCCCUGGACGAGAGGGGGGAGCGCCUGGGCGAGCUGGAGGAACGCACCGCACUACUCAUGACCAGCGCAGAGUUCUUCUCCAAAAACGCCCACACGCUGAUGCUGAAGUGCAAGGACAAGAAGUGGUACCAGUGGUAGAGAGGCCCAGUGAUGGAGCGUGUUCUCCCCUCCGACCAGGAGGGGGCGCUGUGGGCUGUUGUUGUUCUGGACCUUGAGUCUUCUGAAGAGAGAGGGAUGAAGAGGAGAGAGAGCGAGAGAGAGAGAGAGAGAGAGAGAAAGAAAGAUGGACACAGAGUACGUUUGUGUUUGUCAGUCGGUCUCUGGUCUCUUGUACAGAAGACGUGGUCCGACCGCGCUGAGACAUGGACAUGAACCAUUUGUGUCAGUAAAGGGGGGGAUGAUCCCCUCUCUGUUGGUGUGGAACAAACCAUCUGUGUAUGUUUUGUGGGGGGGUGGGGUGGGGGGCGGGUUUGGGCUCGUCUUGCAGGGGCUGAUGGGAAUAGGCAGUGUAGAUACUUGGAAAGCUAAGAGACCACCUGAACUGCAUGAACACAAACAUGGAUGACCUAUUUCAUUUAAAAAGAAAAGAAAAAAAGACAUCAAACUGCCAGACUAAAAAGCAGCAUGCUCCUUUAAACAAAGGUAAACUGAAAGACAAACCUUUAUUGAAGAACAUUAACAUAGACCUAUAACAGAAAGUACCACUUAAAAAAUCUUUAUAUUUUUUGAAAUAACAAAAUAUAUAUAUAUAAAUAUAUAUGAAUCAAAGAGACAAAUGUGUAUACCUGCAUUGCUAUAAGGCCAAAAUAUGAUUUUUUUUGUUUUACUCCUUAGGAUUGCAUAUCUCUUGAACUCUCACACUAUGAACACAAACAAUAUGCCUCUCCGAAUUCUAACCCAAAGCCAUUCAAUAAAUCAACCAGUCCGUAAAAAAAAAAAAAAAAAACUACAAUACCCAUGAUGCUUUGGUGAAGUCCUGGAAUUCCCUAAGAUUCCGUCUCCCACUAGACAUGACCGUUCACCCCAUAGACACUGCUUCUGCGCCUCACCCAAAACUUGCUUUGACACCCCACUUCUCAUUUCUACAUCCCUCUUACUAGCUGCUAGCACAUGACGUCACUCUCUAGAUUGAUGGACAUAGGUUUGUCCAACCCCCUCCUUUGGCUAAGCCAAUGAGGAGAGAGCGCGUCUGGCAGGUGUAGGUGAGACACAGGAAGCUGUGGGACUGCUGCCUAAGCGAUGAGGAUGAACACAGGAGUGUGUUUAUAACCACAAACCCAUGUAAUAAAGUAUCUCACGUGCCAUAUU